UAUCAUUUUGACUUGUUUACUUCCUGGAUUAAAAAUAUGCCAUUUGUUUAUUCAGAUCUUUAAUGAAUAUUGACUGCCUAAUUGUUUCCUUAAUUGAAAUUAAUUGUGGAAACAAUAUCUUAUUUGAAAUCUAACAAAAUGGAGUGGCUUAACAAAACGGUAUGGAGUCUCUAUAUACUGAGGUGGAUAUGGUUUUAUUCAAGAUUUCCUGUGGAAGGUGUUGUCCACGACUUGGAUUGUUAUGACAACUGUAACUGUUGUAAAAACGGUAAAUGUCAUACUGAAUUUGGCUGGCCUAAUGUCUGCUCAGAUGGAUGCAUUGAUCGUCACAGGGCUGCUAGAUGUUAUGAGCUAUGUACAUACAAUUGCGUAUCGUGUCGAGAUAACGCGGAUAUAUGUACUGGAUGCUUUGAGGGUUUUUAUCUUGGACCGAAUAAAGAUUGUACAUCAGAAUGUCCAACUAAAUGUAGAGCUUGUACUUCUGACACAAUGUGCACUGUUUGCAAGGCCGGUUAUUAUGACAAAGACGGAUCGACCACGUGCCUGUACUCUGUUUGUCCUGCGAACUGUAAGUGUAGCGGUAAUACAUGUUCAACUUGUAAAAACGGAUUCUAUGACACGGGCAGUGAAUGCAGUAAAAGAUGUCCGUUUAACUGUAUGUCCUGUGUAUCCAAGGAUAUAUGUAACGAAUGUAAACAUGGAUUUUAUAACGGGUAUGAAUUUGACAAUAAUAAUAGACAGCUGUCCAGUAAUUGCACAUUUAAAUGCAGAGAUAGCUGCACAGAAUGUCAGUCAUACGACAAAUGUUUACAAUGCUUAAAAGGAAAAUAUGGCCCAACAUGUCAGAAUAAUUGCUCUAUUGGUUGCAAAGGUCAGACAUGUCAUAUUGAAUCAGGUAAAUGUUCCUGUUCCUUAAACUUUGAUGGUGACAAAUGUACAGAUUGUGUCAAUGGAAAAUAUGGAACCUAUUGUAAUGAGACCUGUCCCGAACUCUGCAAAAACAGUAAGUGUAACAAAACUUCAGGACAUUGUAGUGAAGGUUGUGUCACUAACACAAUAACUGGCACAACGUGUAAUACAUGUACAGUUGGGAUGUACGGUAUACUUUGUAACAACAUUUGUCCUUCAAACUGCAAAGAUAAAACGUGUAACCGAACAACUGGAUUCUGUUCAGAGGGUUGUGAAAGCAACUUUAAAGGUCCAUUUUGUGAUACAUGUAUACAAGGAAAGUAUGGAGUAGCAUGUAACCAAGACUGUUCAUUAAAAUGUGAAAAUGCUCUAUGUGAGAAAGAGACCGGAAAGUGUGUCAGCUGUACCGGCAAUUUCGAUGGGAACCGUUGUGAAAAUUGUCAACCUGGCUUCCACGGACAGAAUUGCUAUGAUAGCUGUUCCACUCACUGCUACAAUACCACAUGUGGUAUCAGUACCGGUGUUUGUGAUUACGGUUGCACAUAUAACUAUUCAGGUGACAUGUGUUGUAUGCCCAACGCAAAUUGUGUAAAGUGCGCUUCCAAAACUGAAUGCAAAGAAUGUAAAUCUGGAUAUUUCAAUUAUUUGUGUAUGGCAUUGUGCCCUUCGAACUGUCUUGAUUCUUGUGACAUCUCGACAGGAGUUUGUCGCGAAUGCAUUAUUAAUCGUUUCGGACCAUUCUGCAACAGGAAAUGCUCUGAAAACUGCAGUGCUUCACGCAGCGGAGACAAACGUGAUUGUACGUCAGUUGACGGAAUGUGUACUUUUGGUUGUAAAGAUGGUUUCUAUGGCAUUACGUGUGACAAAAAAUGCAGCGAUCUUUGUAUUGGUUAUAUUUGUAAUCAGGAUAGUGGAAUAUGUGAAAAAGGGUGUGGUGGCUCAAACGACGAUCCCGUGUGUGUUCUUGAUUUCAGGAAACGGGAAGUUACAUCUGAUGAUAAUUCAACAGCAACAACUACAAAUAUUGUAUUAGCAACACUCUUGGCUUUGACUACUACUGCAUUGUGCAUUUCAAUUGUAUGGAUAAUAGUUAGCAAAAAACGAUCUACAGACAGGCAAACCGAGAAUUCUUCCUUUCAAAUUUCAUUAGACCAUUCGUUGGUAGUAAAUCAAGCUCCGCAAAACGAAGUUUUUGAAGCAGAUAAUGCCGCUUAUGAGAUUCUCGAUAGAACUCAGGGUGCUCCUGAACACACGUAUGAUACAGCUUCCGCCAGUGCUCCUAAAAGUAUCACAGAUCCCGGGAACACAGAUUAUAUGAAUCUGAAUAGAAGCUAUGUCGCUGGCAUCUCCCGACAGCUUGGUUUUGAAUGGGAUGUCUGCGGGGCAAACCUUCUAGCGUCACGGUGCUUUUUCCAGAUAGAAACAGCUCUUCAGGAUGUGGAAUGGUGUUUAUUCCUCAGAUACACAUUGAUAUGUCUCUGCAACAUCCGGCUUCUUUAUAUGUUAUCUCAGGCCACAGUGCCCAGUGCGAAGACGGAAGACAGUUGUCUGGCUGUGCCUGUUUAG